AUGGCAGCGCCGGGCCGCAAGAAUGACAAAUACAAAAAAAAAGCGUCCACGGAAGGCCAACGCGAGGCGCACCUCCCCAGAGACACAAGUGAAACCUGCAGAGGCAAAAGGCAAAGGGCCCGUGGCGAGCUACAAAACCCCAAUAAAAAAAAAGCGAGGCCGGAGCGGAAGCAUUCAGGCCACGAGAAUAGUGGCGGCCUUGUCUGUUUGCCACCCUCCCACGCGGAGGCGUUGGCACUCGACCAACGACAAAAGUACAAGGCAACAGAUCGCACGAGAGCGGGGCAGAUGAGACGGGCGGCAGAGAGCGUGCAGCAGGAGGGCCCCGCAACAACUCCUCUCACGCCACCGACUGGGCACGCCGCGUCCCACGCACCUCACUGA